UUAAGUUUCCUCUACUGACAGUGGCCAGGCCCGGAUCGAAGAAUAUCAGACCAAUGUCUCGGAGCUUGAAGAGCAGAACCGCGAGCUGCAAGAGAGCAACACUUCAUUGACCGAGCAACUUGAUAAGCUGCGGAAGGACAACGAGGCUCAAGCAGCGGAAGCUGCUACUUUGCGCAGCCGGUCGAACCUCUCACAGCAGAAUUGGAUAAAGGAGCGCGAUGAACUGAUCUCCAGAGAGGCCUUCGCCAGAGAAGAGUUUGAGAACGCAAAACAGGCCAUGCAAGACUGGGAGGUCCUUGCUAUGAACGAGCGCUCGAUACGAGAAAGUCUUGCGGAGAAGGAAGCUGAGCUGAAGGACCAGAUAGAAUCAUUGCGCGAGGCGUAUGAGAAAGCGGCGCGAGACCGUGACACAAACAACGAGGCAGUCGAGGGCCUCCAGAAGGCACUGCAGGAGGUGCAGAAUCUGCGCAAAACCGAACUUAGGAGGUCUGUAGAGAACUACGAGUCGCAGAUCGAUGAGCUCCGCAAACAGGUUCAGGCGGCACAAGAGGCUGCCACUACGUCCAAAGCGAUGCUUGAAUCCACUCAGAAAGAGCUCGAGAGAGCUCUACCUUUCGAAAAAGAGGUCAAAGAGAAGAACCUGCUAAUUGGCAAGCUCCGACAUGAGGCGGUGACGCUCAAUGAACAUCUCACCAAGGCCCUACGUAUACUGAAGAAGGGCCGACCAGAGGACAACGUGGACAGGCAGAUCAUCACGAAUUAUUUCCUCCAUUUCCUGGCCAUAGACCGAUCGGAUCCGAAGAAGUUCGAGGCUUUGCAGCUUAUCUCUGCACUACUUGGUUGGACCGACGAACAAAAGGAACAGGCUGGUCUAGCGCGCCCGGGGACCUCCAACAGUAGCUUGAGGAUACCUAUGUCUCCGUUUAGGCGAACGCCAUCCACGCCUUCACUCAACAGCGGCAUCAACGACCCCAUGCUCAUGGCUAGCAGCUCCAGCAACAAGGAGUCUUUAGCGGAGUUGUGGUCCGACUUCCUAGAACGUGAAUCCGACUCCCGCAGAGGUAGUGUGCCGACAUCCCCACCGCCGAGGAGCGACACAGCUAGCGGAUUGGGUAUCAGCGAAGGAGAAAAGAGAUAAAUUAGGCGAAUUCUAAUUCUUUCAAACGAGCUAUUUCUUGUAUUUACAUAGGAUACCCUCUAAGCGCAUGUGAGCGAAUGCAUUGAGCGAUUCAUCGCAUGGCAGGGCAAGCCUUCGUGGAACUGCUGGGUUGGACUCGAGGCGUUCCAGGGUUUCGGUUGCGACAUGCAUACCAGCAUGCUAGAUUGCCUAAAUGGCUAUGAUACACUUCCCUACAGAUGUCUUCUUUAUGGUUACAGAUGCUCUGCCGUUCUUCCC